UAACCCCCAUUCCUAAGAGGAGGACCAACCCCCAUUCCUACGAGGACGACUAAACCCCAUACUACAUCCUAUCCUUCUACCGCUACUGCAAUAGUAUAUAUAUAUAUAUAUAUAUACAUAUAUAUAUAUACAUAUGCAUAUAUAAAGCAAAGGGUGCGAUUAUAUAUUAUGCAAUAUCGACAUUAACACACUAUUUUGAUUUUGUCAUUUUGGCCAAACCAAGUAACCAUGGUUACACCAUCACCAGCCCACUCCCAUGUGGCUGUAGUAGCAUUCCCCUUCGGCACACACGCUGCUCCACUCCUCUCCGUCGUCCGCCGCCUGGCUGCAGCCUCCUCCCCUGAGACUAUCUUCUCCUUCUUCAGCACUACUCAAUCCAACCACACCAUUUUUACCACAGUGAGCGGCGGCGGCGGUGGUGGCGGUGGUGGUGGUGGUGGUGCCAAAGUGAAGGCAUACGAUGUCUGGGAUGGAGUGCCUGAGGGACACACCUUCACUAGAGGGCAUCAGGAACCCAUCGAGCUUUUCAUGAAGGCUGCGCCGCAGAGCUUGAGGCUGAGCAUAGACAAGGCGGUGGCCGAGACCGGAAAGGAGGUGACAUGUUUGGUCACUGACGCUUUCUUUUGGUUUGCAGCUGAUAUGGCUCAAGACAUGGGAGUGCCUUGGGUGCCCUUUUGGACUGCUGGACCUUGUGCACUCUCUGCUCAUCUUCACACUGAUCUCAUUAGACAUCAAGCUGGCGGUGGAAACGAAAGCCUUGGUUUCAUAGCAGGAAUGUCCAAAAUACAAGUCCAAGAUUUGCCGGAAGGAGUGGUCUUUGGAGACUUGGAAUCCUACUUCUCCACCAUGAUACAUCAAAUGGGGUUGAUGCUACCGCGGGCAACCGCAGUUUUCAUAAACUCGUUUGAAGAACUAGACAAAACCAUUACGGAUGACUUGAAGUCCAAAUUCCAAAAGUUCCUCAACGUGGGGCCAUUCAACUUAGCGUCGCCGCCGCCGCCCGCCCAAGACGAGAGCGGCUGCCUGCCGUGGCUUGACAAGCGGGAAGCUGGCUCAGUUGUAUACAUUAGCUUUGGGUCAGUGGUGGUUCCACCAAAAGAAGAGCUUGUGGCUAUAGCCGAAGCCUUGGAAUUCAGCGGUGUUUCAUUCAUAUGGUCCCUCAAGGACAACGCAAAAGCAAAUUUACCAAAAGGGUUUUUGGACAAGACAAAAACGCAUGGAAAGGUAGUGGCUUGGGCACCACAAACGGACAUACUGUCCCACAAGUCAGUUGGAGUGUUCGUGUCGCACUGUGGCUGGAACUCGUUGCUGGAGAGCAUAGCUGGGGGUGUGCCCAUGAUUUGCAGGCCAUUUUUUGGUGACCAAAGGCUAAACGGGCGAAUGAUUGAGGACGGGUGGGAAAUAGGGAUCAAAAUUGACGGUGGAGAAUUCACAAAACAAGGCAUGGAAAGUUGUUUGGAUGUGGUGUUAUCUCAAGAUAAAGGAAAGAAAAUGAGAGAGAAUAUCAAAGUACUUAAAGAAUUAGCAACAAAAGCUGUCGGCCCUCGUGGAAGCAGUACAGAAAACUUCAAGCAGCUGCUCCACUUGAUAAACAGCCCCUAGUGCUUCUCAACGUUAUAGAAUUUUGCAUAAUAAGAAAGAAUGUCUCUCUAAACUCAAAAUGCAUUGUGGCAUUGGUAUCUUUGUACUUGCUUUGAUUUUAUUACUAGUAUAUCCUAUAAAGACCAUGUUUUUACUUUCUUUAAA